GGGUUUAAACACGGAGGCUUCGUCGCUGACUGUUAGCAACGCGGUCCUGAUGACAUGAGACAAAUAUUCUUGGAGACAAUUUUUGAAUAGAAAUGCCGGUCCUGUACGACUGGACCUCGGUAACUUUAUGAUCAUGUGGGGAAGAUUCGGAGUUUGCUGUUUUUUUUGGCUCAGUUGCACAAGGAAUACUGUCGGGCCAGACCACGUUUUGGGAGCUCCAGAGCUAAUAAGCUACUGCUGUGCUCCAAAGGCUGAGCUGCUGCUGCAGUGUGUACUACAUUCUUGGUGGUUUUAGCAACACCAGAUAGUCAGAUACUCCAGGGACUGCAGUCAUCAUCCAGCUGGUGAAAGGAAUUUCCUGUGAAUACAUCAAGUGGAAAAGCAAAAAAGAAACCUGUCCUGCAGUCAUCAUCAGUCUGCAAUCUAGAGCAGAAUCUGCAACUGGCUUCGGGUCUGGUCUGCAGAGCCCAGAUAAGAAUAUCAUGAUGGAGAUUCUGCGUAAUGGGUGUUUUAACGGUCGGCAGGUUUUGUCAAUUGCGUGCAGUGGGAGAGAGUGAACUGUUGUGUGCUCCGGCUGUUGGUACUUGCAUGCACGGGGAAUGUGUCCAAGUUGUUAUCUGAUGUGAGUGAGAGAGGAGGAGGAGGAGGAGGAGGGUUCACAAUAACGCAUCUGAUUGCUGGCGUUCUCUUUUGUUUGGUUGAACGUGAGAAUGGCAAUCGUUACCGGGGAUCGAUACCUCGAUCAACUUGCGGAUUUCGUUGAUCAACACGGAGAGGAGCUGCUGGAUGGAAGGCUAGUACUGAAAUUGAACCCAGUAGGUCUGCUUUACCUCCACUCUCGGCUAGGUGAGCUGAAAGAGCUGGAGGACUUGAAAGUCAAUGCCCCUGUGGACUAUCUUAGGGCGUUUAUCACGAAUUUGGGUGACAACAAAAAGUUAGAGAAGCUAUGCAGGGUUCUUCAACUCUUGGAGUCCUUGAAGGUUGUUUCAUUGACAAAGAACGUCAGGGAUCCCACUCCAAUCAAGCUGCUUCCCUUUACACGGUUAAGAGUCUUGGAGCUUCGAGGAUGCGAUCUAUCAACAUCAAAUCCACGAGGACUUCUGGAACUUAGGCCAUGCCUAGAAAGGCUGCUCUGCUAUGACUCAGCGUCUGCUCUUGAUCAUAUCCUUGCAGAUCGGACUAAGGAGCUGGAAGCGGCAUUGCCUUGGCCACGGCUGACAACCCUUUCAUGUCCAGAGAAUGGGAUGCAAGUGAUGGAUGCAUCUUUGACGCUGCUACCAGCUUUGCAGGUUCUUGAUUUGAGCAGGAACCGCUUUGCACAGGUUUCUAAUCUGAACAACUGCUGUCGAUGGCGAGGGAGGGAGACGGGACGGACUAUGGCGAGAUGGGAGGGAGGGAGGGAUGGCGAGAUGGCGACCUACCAAAUGAUGGACAAGAUGGCGGCGGCGGCAGGGCAGUAUGGUGUGAUGGCGGGGUAUGGCGGCGGGCUGUGUCGGCGGCCCUACAAGAAGAAGAAGAAGAAGAAGAAGAAGAAGAAGAAGAAGAAGAAGAAGAAGAAGAAGAUGGCGGUGGCGGCUGGGCGGUAUGGCGGCGGGCUGUGGCGACGGUCCUACAAGAAGAAGAAGAAGAAGAAGAAGAAGAAGAAGAAGAAGAAGAAGAAGAAGAGGAUGAUGAUGAGAGGGGAGGGAGGACGAGGAGGAGACGAGAGGCGGAGGAAUGAAGAAGAAGAAGAAGAAGAAGAAGAAGAAGAAGAAGAAGAAGAAGAAGAAGAAGAAGAAGAGGAUGACGAGAAAAGCAGAGAAGCAGAAGCAGAAGCAGAAGCAGAAGAAGAAGAAGAAGAAGAAGAAGAAGAAGAAGAAGAAGAAGAAGAAGAAGAUGGCGGUGGCGGCCGGGCGGUAUCGUAUGGUGGUGGGGUAUGGUGGCGGGCUGUGGCGACGGUCCUACAAGAAGAAGAAGAAGAAGAAGAAGAAGAAGAAGAAGAAGAAGAAGAAGAAGAAGAAGAAGAAGAAGAAGAAGAAGAUGGUGGCGGCGGCAGGGCGGUACGGUUGGUGUACCUUGAUCUUGGAUUCAAUGGCAUCAAGUCUGUGGUUUCGCUCAACCAGAUGGCGAAGACAUUAUUCAAUGUGACCAAAGUUGUUCUGCGCAGCAAUGCUUUGACGUGCACUCGUGGCCUAGAAGAACUGUACAGACUGGAGGGCCUUGAUCUGGCUUUCAAUCUGAUCAGCUGCAUAAACGAAGUGGCAAGACUCGGACAUCUUCCGAAUUUGAAGUUCUUAUGGUUUGAGGGCAAUCCGAUUGCUUUCCUUCCCAGCUACAGAUGGCAGGUGUCGAAACGCUUUCACCACCCGGAAAAGAUCGUGUUGGAUGGGCAGCAACUUGGAAAUUGGAGGUUUGGGGGAGUUGCUAGCCGGCAGGAGGGAGAGAGUUCAAAUGUCUGUACAGAUGCUGAGACAGUGCCGCUCUUGUCAGAUGAAAGCCGGAACAAAGUGGCAAGUGGAUUGGUCCCAUCAUCUAGCCAGCGGGCAGCAGAGAGCUCAGGUGUCCAAAGAGAUGCCGAGGUGGCACCAGUGUUUUCAGAUGAAAGCCAGAAUGGACUUGAGAAUGGACUGGGCCUGACGUCUGCAGCAUUAACAAGUGGAGUUGGUGCAAAUAGUGGAGCAUCUGCUUCUGACAGAGAGAGGAAUCCCAUGAAGGGUGCUGGAAAGAGAAGGGUUACUCGACUUGCUGAGAUCAUAAGUGAUGAUGACGAAAGUGCAGAUGCAUUCACCGGAGAGCAGAUGGGAGAUGAUGAAGUCAAAUGUGAAAGUUAUCAAAGACCGUUUGGGAGGAAUACUGAACAGUUAAGCGCAGGCACCAGAAGUGUGGCUACAGCAAAAAAGGGGUUGAGGAAGGCGAAGACUGCAGAACGUGGAACAUCCACGUUGAUGUGUCUGAAAGGCGACAAGCUACUGGAAAUUGCAGAAACCCUAAAAAAAGAUGGAGGUAAUGCAUGGCUGAAGGCAUAUCACGAUUUCGUGGAAAAAAGCCAUGCCGAGGAAACGUGCAACGAGCAUGGACCUUACAGAUCUUCCACUACACAACGCGGUGAUGAUUCUGAUGAUGUCCCAAGUGGAGCGGUGAUCAAGGAAGCCCGAAAAGUAACAGAUAUGGAAACCACAGCUGAGGAAGUAAGGGAUGGGCAUGGAGGUUGUGGUGAAGAAAAAGGAAGGAUGGAAGGACCAGAUAGUGCAAGGGAAUUUAUCUUGGACAGUGACAAUGUGGUGCGGUCGGGGGAUAGAGAUGAGAAUGGAAUUGAAAAGAUGGAGAAAGUGAGCAGAGGGGUGAUGAGAGACAAUGGUAGAAGGAAUGACGUGUGCCGUUGUUCCCGGGAUGUGGAGGAGAGGGUGCACAUUUCUGGUCAUGAGGAAAGUGGCUUGUUGGAAGGCAUCCAUCAGGGGAGUGCAACAGGCGGCCUGCUUUCGAGGACAUAUGACCUAUCCGGAGAUUCGGAGGUCCAGCAGCUACUUCCCGGGGGGAGAACUCUGAAGAAAUGUGAAGGAGAUCGUAAGAUGGUAGGUGAUGGGGAAAGUGUUGGGGAAAAGGAGCGUAGGGAGGAGGAAAGUAAUGUUCAAGACAUGGAUGGUGAUGCGAAUGAUGCACAUAUCUGUAAAGGCAAGUGUAAUAUGUGUGAGGAAGGUGGCCAAGCAAUCCUCCAUGGAGGUGACAGAGGGGAUAAGAAACUUGUGGGGGCUGACAUGGGAACUAAAAGGGGUUUGAACUCAGCAACAGAUUGUGUUGGAGGAGAGAUAGGGACUGAAGGCGAGAGUGGAAAUUGCAUCCAGGCUUCUCCAAUGGAUUCACAGGCAUGCACGGAUGGAGCAUCUUUGCAACUUCAGAAAAGAAAGCAGAGACAACUCAUAUAUGGGGUUCAUUCAAACUCAAUGGAAAUGGGAAUUUCAAUUUCCUCCAAACAUAUCCAACAGACAUCAGGCAGUAUGGAGACCGGGUCUGCACACCCGUGCCAAGUUCAAAGUGCACCACCUUGCCGAGUCCGAAGUGGACCGCCUUCUUCUGUAGAUUCUCAGUUGAGUGCUGUAGACAAGCAGGAAACAAGCAGCGAGAGCAGUUCUGUUGAGUGGACAGAUGAGAGCGAAACAGAUGAGGUGCCUGUUACAGGAAGGUCACGCGUUCGGAUUCAGGAGGAGGAGUCCGAAGGUGCACUACCGAUCACUGUUGGAGAUGAGCGGGGUAAGCCGGAAGGAAAUUGUACCAAAAUAAGACGUAAGAAGGCAGGCAGGCAAGUGACUGCUGGACAAAAGAUUGGAAGAGGUGUUCAAGAUGAAGGGGAAUGCUGCAGAGUGGAUAUGGAGGCCAAUGUUGCCAAGAUUUCCAGCAUGGACAAGGCAGGCAUGGAUGGAAAGAAAGGUGCAAAGAAUAGAAGUGCGGAUGCUGAGCAGAGUUGUGUUGGUGUGAAAGAUCAUAGUGACAGCUCAACAGCUCAUGUAGGUAUUGGCAUGCGGUACCGCAGCAACGGAGAAGGUGCAGCGGGUCAAGUGGAGUCUCCAAGUGCUGCCCUAGCAUCUGGAUGUCGUACCUGGAAUGAGCGCAGGUCAAGACGGAACCGUAAACACACAAAGAGGAUAGUCAAUUUGUCAUUGGUUGAUGAGGAUGAGAAUGAUUGGCGAAAGAGGAUUGCUUGGGAGGUAAGACUGUCGAGCGGGGCUGUAGUCACGGCAACAGGUCCUGCAAAUGACUGUGCGGAAAACUCUAGACUAAAGGCCGAUCAUGACAAUGGAUGUGAACGUUUUUUGUUCAUUGGCCUUAAGAAUAGCCGACAAAAGACUUAUGAGAGCUGUGAUGUGCAGCGUUCCGAAUCAGCCCAUGGCGUGGAGGAGUUGUCAGAGUGUCAGCAGGUAAACGACCCGGAAGCGGAUGUGCAUUCCAACAGAGAUGCAAACAUUCACAUGCGUACAAUUGAGGAGGCAUCUGGUGAACUGUCAUGCUGGCAGUUGCAAGGAGCAGCUGUGGAACGUGUACAAAGUAGCGAUGGAGCUGAUACCUGUGAGAAGGGAGGGAGUGAAAAACGUAUAGGGAUGGAAACUGACGAGAGGAUGCUUGAACAGUUUGCGGCCCCUGUGGAGAAUGAUGCUAGGGAGGAUGAUAUUGGUGUGUGUUUCAAGACUGCAAUUGCUGAUCAAGAGAGGACAGAGGAAUGCAUGAUGUACUGGAGAUGUGGAUACCUGAGACUCUGGGGUCCUGCAACUAAGGAAAGGGAUGUGCUUCUACUGAUUAGUACUCAGCAAAUGUUGUAUUUCCUGAAUGAGGAAUCAUCACGGCCAGGAUAUUAUCAGACUUCAUACCCUGUUCUUCGGAUUCUAGCAAGCCAUUGUGUUGGAGAUGUGAAGAGGGUAGUUGUUGGAAUUGGGCUUCAAUGUCUCCGGCUGGAGAUAGGUAUUGCUGCAUCUUAUUUGGUGGUGUUCCGCAGCGCUUCACUAACGGCGGAGUUCAUAGAGUGCAUAACCAGUGCCUGUAAAUCCGGUCGUCUCCAGCCCCGCGGAACUCUUGAAAUUGCCAGCUGUGAACGAGAGCAGAUUGAGCAUAUGGAGAGGGAGUUGUUUGGCGGGAAGAAGACAAGUAUCCAUUUCUACGCAAUGCUCCACUGUCGAUUCGGGCAAGAUAAGCUAUGGAAGUCAUGCUCUCUGAUUCUCACAUCCCGUCAAAUAGUUCUCUGUGAAGAGAAACUUGGGGCUUUUGGCAGCGGGGUUUGCCAAGGCAGGGAUUUAUGCCUUCAAUCCAAUCUCUCUGAGAAGAAGAGACAACAGCAUACAGCUUCAAGUCCUGCACCAAAACCAGAACCCUACUUCACCCAGCUGUGUUCACGGACUCUGAACGAUGUGCAACGAGUGGAAAGCUACGAAGAUGGAUCAAGUAACGUGAUUCGCAUUCUGUUCCUGCCUACGGCCAGUGGCGCUAGCCCCCGUACUCCAGACCAAGAAGAGGGAAGCACGAGUCUUGCAACAAUGGUUUCACGGCGGCAUCGACUCCCUCGCCUGUUCGGUUUUCGUCCCCAUAGGGAGGACGAUGGCGCAAACAUGGAGAGAACGGAGGCAAAGAAAUCGCAGAAGCAGAUGUUGAGCGAUCCGUCGAAACUUUCUGGAGAGCUUCAGAAAGGAGGAGAUGCUGAUCCCCCUCAUCCCUGUAAAGACGAGGAGAGCAGAAAUUCCCAAUGGGAGCUCAGGUUCUCUGACCGUGAUUCAUUUGUGAAGUUGCAGAUGAUGGUGCGCGCUGCGUGCAAGCAAACGGGUCAGCUUCGGUAGAGGUUAAGGCAGGAUCGACCGACACAAACGGAUAAUUUGGAAUGACAAGGUGUCACGGAGUGAUAAGGCACUGUUGCGAUUCCAGCAAGCAAGCAGUAGUGCUUCCGGUUAUGAAUGCCUGGGCUGUGUCUCUAUCAGCAGGAGCACUCUGUCCAACGAUCGCAGCGUCUCGGCAUCGUCAGUGAGCUCUGUCCUGUGUCAGAGUUACCUGUUGGCGUAUCCGUGCAGUUGAAGAUGAUGAGAUUGUUUCAUACCCUUGGGCCGUUUGCUACGGUGAGGACCUAUUAUAUAAUACAUAUACAUACAUCAGUCAUCCUCCUUCUCGUGCUGCUCUAAUCGGAGCGUGCGGUGACCGACCAAGCUAUAGCAUACAAGGGAUCAUACGUGCGAAGAGCUCGGGUGUGUGCCGCAAUGCCGUAUCUGAUGGGCAGCUUGUACUAUCUCUCUGAUGGUUCAAUGGUGGAUGGAGGGUGCUUAUAUCAGUAGUGCACCCUCUGUCCUUGUAGUAGAGCUGAGGCACACUUGACCCCUGGACAGGUUCCAGUGAUGACAUCCAUUCCAUGCUGCAUGAUGGGUUGACGAACUUUGCAACGCCGUAUCUCGUCGGGUGGGCAGCUUGUAUUAUUUCUGUGAUGGUUCAGAGGUGGAUAGAGCAUAUACCCACAUCACCCGUUCACCUUUCUAUCGUUGUAGAGCUGGUGCGCGCUUGACGACUGAGCAGGUUUAAUGCGGCCUGAUGGGUUGAUGCCCUUUGUCAUUGAGGGCGGUCGGUGCAUCUGGGCAUGAUUGAUAAUUUGAUAUCCUUUUUUUUUUUUACUGCGCGAUACUGUUUCUUGUCUAGGUUCUGGGCUCGAAAGGAAGAUGAGGCGCUGCUGGCGGGAAUGGUCACUGAUUCAAUCGCUCAAGUGACAAGUGCCUUGAAAAAAAAAAAAAAAAAAAAAAAAAAGUGAUAACCAUCAAAGGUGCCUCCAAUUGUAGGCCACUCACUCACUCUCAUGCGAUGGGCAUGCCAUGAUUGUGCACCUUGCCUCCUCACUGCGUCCUCAGUGUUCACAGAUGAAGAGGGUUGGAUGUCUGCUGCACCGGACCGGGCACAUCUACCAGAUAUCACAAUUUACAACUAGCUCACAGUCAGCAGGAGAAGAGGUAUUAGGAGGUAAGAAAAUAGAUACGGUGCUGCCUGGCCUGCAGUCGCCUUUCGUGUGUUUUGUACAUUCUUUCUUCAUGGUGCGUUUACUUUGUAUUUCUGCUUCCCGUCGCUUUGCUUCUAUCCCGUUCCUAAGAAUAUGCAAAGAAUGUUCAAAGCACUGCCUUUGCUUGCUUUCUAUCCCUAUUCUGAGGAUGUCCGGUGAUUCGUCUAGUGUAUUCUCGGGAGAUUACUCCUGUGUCAUCAUUUUGAUUGAGAGAAGUCGCCUUAUAAGAGAUCGUCCUUCAGAGAAUGAUAAGGGAAGGUGGUGGUGCUGCUGUAGAGUGGGAGAGGCAGGACUGGCGAUGGACGGUUUCUUCAUGACUGUCACCGGCGUCAGGUUGAUAUCGAGGAGAGCAAUAGCUCAGGCUUCGCUUGGUUCUUGGUUAGCGAGGGCAUCACCUGUAACUGUGUGGAGGGCUAAUCCAGCUUGUCGUAAUAAACGGUGUAAUGUGAG